AAAGAACACCCCCGCUUCACAUGUUGCUGAUAUGAAGUGUCGGUUUUAUCCGAAGACACCCAACGACAUCAACCUGCCAAGGGCUGGCUUGCCAGUCCCAAGUCCAGCCACCACCUCGCCCUCCCACCUCCCACCGCUCCAUCGAGUUCUACACGUGAUGGUCUAUUGGCUCGAUGUUUUUUAGAUCCUGGGUGGACACACCCACCGGCUGGAUGCGGCGUCGCUUGCUGCACUGUAACCCAACAUGCAUCUACAUACAAGACGCCAUUGGAAGCCCGGUACCCCCCUCCCCCAAGUUCGAGGCGAGGCGAAGCUAUCUUCCUCGCGGGCCGUUCCCAGGCUCCCAGAUUCCCAUAUUGUAUGCUAGCAUGGAGGCGUCGAGAAGGGCGGCCGUACCGGGCGGUGUGCCAAUGUCUCCAGUACGCCACGCCAUGGCAUAACCCCCAUACUAACGGCCACAGUUGCUUCUGGUUUGUCAUUACCAACGCUAUCUCCCGUCUCCAAAGUCUCUUGCACCAAGUUGGUACCCAGAAAGGGCAAGUGCACCGUGGGAAGGAUGCACAUCAUGGGCUUCGGUCCUUUGGGUGCGCCAACACGCAGCAGAACAAGUGGAGAGCUGCUGUGGCUAGCAAACUCGCCGGAAGCUAGUGCUGUCUGCCAAAUGCUGAGCGAGGGUGGGACAGCUUAUGAGCCAAGGGUCGUGUUGCUAUUUUCCACAUUUGGCUGGCACGUCUGCCCCGGUUGCGCUGCGGUCAGCAACAAGUGAGGUCCAGAGGAUUCCUCUUUCGUCUUAUUCUUGGACUGCUAGGCCCUUGCUCACUCAUGCCUACGGCUGUUCCGCCCUUCUGCUAGCCCAUGUAAUUAUCUCAUUUCUCUGAACCCUCCCUGUUCAGUUCUGUCUCCUCUGUCAAUUUUGUCAUCUCGCCUCACUGAUCUACACACACGAGUUGCACUGUCACGGACUCGUGGUAUACGACAUAUGGGCUUCGAAUGUUCGAGUUGAAUGGCACGAGACCACAUGAUGCUCUCAACGAUACUCUUGGGCUUGACGGCCCUGGCUACUGUUGGAAGCGCUCAGAGCACGGAGGAAUCCGAUUCGACGCCGUCUAGCUCGUCGGCAAGCAGGACUGCUUCGGCUACGUCCUCGUCGAGUUCCGCAGCAACCACAUACGUUGUCUCUGUGGGCGCAGAGGGCCACAAGUUCAGCCCGCAAGUAACAGAGGCAUCUGUCGGGGAUGUCAUUCGGUUCAGAUUCUAUCCCACAGGGCAUUCAGUCGUCCGGUCGGAGUACAAGUACCCAUGCAUACCUUACGAAAUGACCGGCCCGAACAAGAUCGGCUUCUUCUCUGGCUUCGAGGAUGUUGCCACAGUCUCCAAUAAUGGCCCUACCUUCGACGUCAGGGUGAAUGACACUGCACCCAUCUGGUUCUACUGCGCAGCGCCGGGAUCAUGCAUCGACAACUGGAUGAUUGGAGUCAUCAACCCCAACGAAACGGAAACUCUAGAAGUGCAGACCGCGUACACGAAGAACACAACUCUCCAGUUGGUGCCAGGCGACUCGUUCCCGUCUGAGACCGCUGCCGGCACCCCGGGCGCUACACCAACGUCGGCCUCGUCUUCCGGGUCCAGUACUCAUUCUCAUUCCAGCGCACCUCUCAGCCCCGGCGCUAUCGCCGGUAUCGCCAUCGGCGGGUCAGUGGUACUCCUCAUAGCGGCGACACUUCUCUACUUGUGCGGCCGGAGAGGAGGACUGGACAAGGCAUACAACCGACAGAGCAGGCACACCAUGGCCCCUCCGCCCGUGAGCGAAGUCAAGUACAACGCCGGCGCCAAGAGUCCCGGCCAAGAGACAUUCGCGACAACGGCGUACUCGGUGACGCCGUCGAACGACCCAUACCAGCAUCACCAUUCGCGCAGCAUGUCACAGGGCAUACCCGGAUACUCGGCCCAGAACGGCAGCCCGCCGCCGAUGAGCGUCCACUCCCAGAACUCGUACCAGCAUUUCGGCGGCCCACCCGGGAUGAGUCCUCCGUACAUGCAGGGGUCGGACAAUGGAGGAUCGGGAGGGUUAUUCAGUGUACCCCCACGACACGGCACGCCGGGACCUCCGCAGCAGACCCAACAGUCACCCCCGGUUGAGCUGUCUGCAGCGUCGCCCAUGCAGGGCUACCCGGCAUUGCGGACGUUUAGCUGGGCCACUGGUGGCGACGGGAGAGACCGGUCGAGCCACCACCCUGCAUGAUGGCCACCACGUCACGCUCACUUUCUUCACUUCUUCCAUCACGACGGUAUUAUUUAUGCCUCAAUUUCGGGAUUUGGGGCUCAUUAUAUAUUUGGUAUGGCGUUAAAGGAGUCUUCUCGUGGCACUCGUUAAAAACGGUUAAUAUCCACGGGGCUCGGGACGUGUAGAGGAUACCAUGGCUGGCACAAUCACUGGACAUUCUUUUACUGGGGUGGUUGGCCACGCAUUUGCAUAGAAUCACCAGGCCUGAUAGGGCAUCUUGUCAGCUCCCAAGCCAUUCAAUGGGAGACGCUUUUAUGACGGCAAUAUUCUUGUCUCUGACAUGCCCAUGUUUGGCCCAUCAACAGUUUUUGUCGACUUUAAUUCGGUAUGUCACAGGUAGGGUUCGCCGACAGGGUCUCCAGGGCAAGGUCCUCUCGGAUCGGGAACGGGUCGCCCUCAUCCACAUUGUCCUCUCCGUGGCUUGUCCCCCAUCCCUCGUGACUUCGGACCAUGGCUGCAUCCGCCAGGUCGUCAUCAUUCCUGUCUUCAUCCUCUCCCAACAAGCUCUCAUCCUCCUCAGAGGUGUCGGCCAAAUUCGUGAGAUCCACCACCACAUCGUCUUGCUUCUUUGUCUUCAACUCGCUCCUCGCCAUCUCAGCAGCCGCGGGAACGGUUCCACCCUCCGUCACCAUGAGGUUUCCCUCUCUCAAGGUUCGGCUGAUUGCGUCGUGUUUGGGUCGAACUGAUAUUCGGGAUUGCGUCUUCUUUGACCUUGAAGUGGGUUAUCAGAACAGGUCUUGACUUCGCCCGAGGGCCGUGUCCCUGCCUGUGGUGGUCCUCCAGAUGUCCUGCUUAUCCGUUUAGCCGAGGGUAUCGAAGCGCGCUGUUGGUUGUACUGUCAGCCACCUCUUCGUGUGGUGAGGGAAUCUGAUCUCGCUAAUGCUACCAUCGUAGUCUGACUUCUUAUCUUGGCCACCUCAGGCUUGAUAUAUUCGAUGCUGUUCUGCUUUGUUUACUAGUAGUGUGAUACCGCAUCCGGCCAGACUGUAUGCCAGGGACAACAGAAUUUCAAAUUAUAGGCUUUGUCUCACCAA